AUGUCGGAAGCUACCACUGACCCUUCUUCAUUCCCGCAAUUCGGAAAGCUUCCUCCCGAGCUGCGGAUGCUAGUCUGGAAGCACAGUUUGCCGAGCAUUGAGCCAGCGUUGUACCCUUACAUCACUGGGCUCUGGGAACAUCGCAAGAUUGAUGAUGGCGAUGCUCGUUUCAAUCGCUCAGACCCCACUGCCAACGUGGAAAUGUAUUUCCGACACGAGUUACUACGCAGCGGUGCACGCCUCGAGAUCCCCGCGAUUCUCGUCAAUCGCGAGUCUCAUGCCGUCGCGCGGGCCUGGCUGCGCGACCCACCCUACCGAGUGUGGCGUCACAAUGACAGGGCACCCGAGGCGGCAUGCGAUGAUCCCCAGCACUGGUCCUUCCAGCGUCUCUUUGAUCCUGCCUCCGACAUUAUAUAUGUUGCGCCCGAGAGAUGGCUUGAUUUCCUCUCCGAACAGGAUUCCCGUACGCUGGAUGAUGAUAUGAUCGAUUUCAAUCCCCAGCCCUUUGGGUACAACUAUCGCACUGCCGUCGACUUCAACGUCCUCUGGAACGCCGAAGAGGACUUUUCCGACGUGGUAGGCGGCUAUUUUCAUGAUAUACAAAACUUGCACGUUAUCGUCCGGGGCGCGCCUAAAAGUGUCAACGACGCAUUGUCUGGUCGGUGGCGCCUCCAACCGGCCCCUGGAGGGCACCUGUACUAUGAUAUUGAUCUGGAGCGCAUUCGGUUCAAGUCUGACGGAUACCUUGGCGAUACGGCCAUGUUCAAGCGACUUCGCAAGAUUCUGCAACCACUCGUGUACCAAUUGGCCCCUCGCUUCGAAUGUCUGCGUGAAUGGCUUCGCGAGAAAAGUGUUGGGGAUAUCCGGACUGGGGACAAGCACUCCAUAUACGACUGCGCUAAGACCUAUGUCUUUCUGCCUGUUUAUGCUAUGAAAAGAUGA